GCACCGGGGAGAGUGUACGAAAGGGGCGAUUCAAUUCAUUAAUUUCCCAACAACCUCCAAAACGCACAAGAAUCCAAUGUCGACUCCAUCUAGGUUUUUCCGAGGAUGCCGGGCCUUGUUUUACCCUUCCAAAUCCUCUGCCGCCGCCGCUCCCAAUCCCGCCGUUUCCACCUCCAAGAAAAAUCCCAGCACCAGUACAAAGAAGAAGCCGCCGCCGUCUCCCACUGCCGGGAUUCUGAAGUCAACUCCGGUGUCUCCAGCACUCCAAAGCUUAGUGGGUGCCCCGGAAAUUUCUCGUGCAGGUGCUGUUAAGAAAAUCUGGGAAUAUAUCAAGCUCCACAAUCUCCAGGUAUUUGUUUUCCUCUUUGCUUUUUGUUUUUAUUUAUUUAUUUUUUUUGGCAUUUCUCAUGUUUUACCGUCUGUCUGUCUAGUUGUAUAUUAACCGUGCUAGUAAGAA